AUGUCUGCGCCCAUGAACAUGCUUCGGACGUAUCGACGAUUGUCUAAUUUCAGCUCCAUUGUGCAGAAUUUUAAGAAAGACAAGGUAAAGAAUGUUUUCUGUGUUUCCAUAAGAUGCUUGAGUCUACAGGAGUAUCAAAGCAAGAAGCUUAUGUUAGACAAUGGUAUCAACGUUCAGAAGUUUGUUGUUUGUAGCUCAGCCGAAGAGGCCAAAACAGCAGCCAAAAAACUUAAGGUUGAUGAAUAUGUGAUUAAGGCCCAGAUUCUGGCUGGAGGCAGAGGGAAAGGUGUGUUUUCUAAUGGCUUCAAGGGUGGAGUCCAUCUCACAAAGAACCCGAAUGAUGUGGAGGGCCUGGUCACAAGUAUGCUGGGACACAAACUAAAGACAAAACAAACAACGGGAGAUGGAGUCAAAGUGUCAAAGGUGAUGGUGGCUGAGGCAUUAGAUCUAGCCAGGGAGACCUACUUUGCCAUUGUGCUAGACAGAUCGUUUGCUGGACCAGUGAUAAUCGGCAGUAAGCACGGAGGAAUGGACAUAGAAGAAACUGCGGCUACAGAUCCAGACUCUAUUAUCAAGGAGCCAGUAGAUAUAAUGACCAGUGUCACAGAAAGACAAUGUCUUUCAGUGGCUGAAAAGCUAGGAUUCCAGGGCAACAAACUACAAUCGGCAGCUGACCAGAUUCGUAGGCUUUAUGAAUUGUUUGUUAAAGUGGACGCCACACAGGUGGAAAUCAAUCCCUUCGGAGAAACCCCUGAUGGCAGAGUGGUUUGUUUUGAUGCCAAGAUCAACUUUGAUGAUAAUGCUGCUUUUAGACAGAAGGAAGUAUUUGCCAUGGAUGAUAUGGCAGAAACCGAUCCCCGUGAAAUUGAAGCUAGUCGACUAAAACUGAAUUACAUAGCCCUUGAGGGGAGCAUAGGAUGUCUCGUGAAUGGUGCUGGUCUCGCCAUGGCAACAAUGGACAUUAUCAAACUUCAUGGAGGGGAACCAGCUAACUUUUUAGAUGUCGGAGGGGGUGUGUCAGAACAGCAAGUUCACGACGCUUUCUUUCUCCUCAUGGGAGACUCACAUGUGAAGACAAUUUUAGUGAAUAUAUUUGGAGGUAUUGUAAACUGUGCUACUGUUGCUACUGGGAUAAUCAAAGCCAGUAAGAAAUUACAUCUGGAGCUUCCAUUGGUAGUCAGACUAGAAGGUAACAAUGUAGAGGAAGCUAAGAAAAUUCUGGCAGAAAGUGGAAUGAAGAUCACCGUAGCCGACGGUUUUAACGAUGCAGCUCGCCUCUCAGUGCAAUCGGCAGCUACAGCUUAACUGUGAUAAUACCAGGCAUUUGUUUUAAUAAUGCCAAAUUCCAAAAACUUGUAUCCGUAAAUCCAGGAGGGUUGUGUACAUUAGAUUUAUAGGUGCUUUUUGAGAAUGAGUGAUGAUUUUAUUAUUUCAAU